UAUAUCUAAUAUAUCUGGCUAUAGCUGCACACCUCCAGGGUUCUACUAAUGUUACAUCUUCCGUCCCUUAGUUCUUUAAUCCUUCCGUCUAUUUUCUUCUUUAUUUUCGUGUGAAGAGUUGUGUGCAGACUGAUGUGCGGGGCUGGAUGGGAUGUGGGGUCCACCAGGCUGGGAGGAGAGAGGCUCGACCCACCUCACCCUGCAGCCUAUAUAUGAGGGACAGAGCUCAGCACUUCAAUAAGGAGGAAUGGAAGAGCUGGAUAAACACAAACAUUGUGGAGUCAUCUGCGUCCUACAGGAGAUGGACUAAGAACAUAUAAACCUCCAGUACUCACACAGAUCUGCCAGAUGUCUCCAAUGGAUCAUAUAGAGGCAGCCGGACCCUGGGAGGACUGGAGGAGCAGCGUCCACCCGGCCCUCCUAUGCUCCUUCGUGUUCCUCAUCUGCCUGGAGGCUUGUCUGUGGGUCCGAGGUCAUGGACAGAAGAAGAGCCCCCCGGGUCCUUUUCCUUGGCCACUGGUGGGCAAUGCCAUGCAGCUAGGACAAAUGCCCCAUCUAACAUUUUGCAAGAUGGCACAAAUCUAUGGAAAUGUCUUCAAGAUAAGGCUGGGCACCCAUGAUAUCGUCGUCCUGAACGGAGAGUCAACCAUCAGACAAGCUUUGGUGAAGCACAGUGCAGAGUUUGCUGGUAGACCCAACUUCCCCUCCUUCAAGGUGAUAUCGGGAGGUAAGAGCAUGGCAUUUAGCACGUACAGUCAUGUGUGGAGAGCUCACAAGAAGAUGGCCCACUCAACCCUUAGAGCCUUUUCCACGCUCAAUACAGCAAGCACCAGGCUCUUUGAGGAACAUGUAGCGUCUGAGGCUGAAGACCUCAUCCGAGUGUUCCUGCACCUCAGUGCUGGGGGUGGGUACUUCCACCCUCACCACGAGUGCACCGUGGCCAUUGCCAACGUGAUCUGUGCCUUGUGCUUCGGUAGACGCUACAGCCACGACGACCAAGAGUUCAAGGCCCUUGUCGGAAGGAAUGAUAAAUUUGGGCAAACGGUGGGAUCCGGUAGCCUGGUGGACCUUCUGCCGUGGCUCCAGUCCUUUCCUAACCCUGUGAGGAGUCUCUAUCAGAGUUUUAAAGACUUGAACGUUGAGUUUUUCGACUUUGUGAAGGAUAAAGUCCGUCAGCACCGAGAGACUUACAACCCUACGGUCACCAGAGACAUGAGCGAUGCCUUCAUAGGGCUCAUUGACCAUGGGGUGGGGGCAGGAGAAGUGCUGAGCAAGGACUAUGUGGAGACUACAGUCAUGGAUUUGUUGGGUGCCGGUCAGGACACAAACUCUACAGCUCUGUCCUGGAUCAUUCUCCUGCUCAUCAAGUAUCCGGAGAUCCAGAAGAAGCUUCAGGAGGAGAUAGACAGGGUGGUGGGGCAGGAGAGGAUGCCCUGUGCGGAGGAUAGAGCCAAGCUUCCUUAUGUCCAAGCCUUCAUCUACGAGUCCCUGCGCUUCAGCAGCUUUGUGCCAUUGACCAUCCCUCACUCUACUACCAGGGACGUCGUCAUCGAUGGCUUCUACAUCCCUAGAGACACUAUAGUGUUUGUCAACCAAUGGUCGGUCAACCAUGAUGUGGACAAAUGGACAAAUCCUGACCAAUUCCAACCCGAAAGGUUCUUGGAUGAGAAUGACCAUCUCAACAAAGACCUCAUCUAUGGAGUGAUGAUCUUCUCACUGGGGAAAAGGAGAUGUAUUGGGGACCAGCUCUCCAUGCUGCAGCUCUUCCUCUUCACCUCCAUCCUCCUGCAUCAGUGUUCAUUCCUAGCGGAUCCCAAAGAGGAGCUGACCAUGAAUGGAAUCAAUGGCCUGGCCAUCAAGCCUGCUCCUUAUAGAGUAUGUGUGAGGGCCCGGGGACCCAAGACUGGACCGGCAUCUCCAUAACAUACAUAUACACCCUACACUUACAUUGCUUGAUAAUGUCUUCCAUGCUGCUGCAGUUUCUGAGGGUUUUACUACAUGCUGGGAGUUGUACUUUUGCAACAGCUGGAGGCACCCUGAUUGGGAAACACUGUUCUAGUAAGUUUUAUACGUCACCCUUAGAGCUGGAGUUGCAAAACUCCAACUCCCAGCAUGUAGUAAACCCUCAGAAGCUGCAGCAGCAUGGAAGAGCAGUACUGAGCAGUGUAAGCUGUGAAUCCAGCUUUGAGGGUGAGAUAAAAAAAAAAAAAAAACUUACUAGAACAGUGUUUCCCAACCAGGGUGCCUCCAGCUGUUGCAAACCUACAACUCCCAGCAUGUAGUAAAACCCUCAGAAACUGCAGCAGCAUGGAAGACAUUAUCGAGCAGUGUAAGCUGUGAAUCCAGCUCUAAGGGUGACUUAUAAAACUAACUAGAACAGUGUUUCCCAAUCAGGCUGCCUCCAGCUGUUGCACAACUACAACUCCCAGCAUGCCCGGAUAGUCAACGGCUGUCCGAGCAUGCUGAGCGUUGUAGUUUUGCAACAGCUGGAGGCACCCUGGUUUGGAAAACACUGCCCUACAACAAUACAAUAACUGACACGAAGGAAACCAAAUAGACAAAUGGUAAAUACUAGUAAAGUGUAUCUGUGUCUGACAACAAAGUCUUCUGGAACCAGACGUGUCCAUAGACCGCGCUCAGUACGAUCGCACUCAUAUUCUGCCAACACCAUCCGAGGAGUCCAAGGUGGUCUACAGCGUCUUAUAGGAAGAGCGGGACACAAUACAGGACCCCGGAGGAGAGGUCUAUGGAGGUCAGGAUGGGGCUGUUAUCUAUAGGGAGAGGAUUCUGCAGCAUUUUAUAUAAUUCUGUCUUCAGUUUGGUUAUUGUUAACUGAAAUAUCUCCUAUCUAUCUAUCUAUAUAUCUAUCUCC